UGCUAAAGAACAGAACAGAACGAGGGAGAGAGAGAGAGAGAGCGAGAGAGAGAGAAAAAAAGAGGGAGAGAAAACGAGAGGCAGGUUGUCAACUGUGUCUGUUCACGUCAAAACUCGUCUGUUGUUGGUGUUAACACAGUCCUUGACGAGUAGCGGCGUUCGGUCGAAGAAAGCCGCGACACGCAGCGGCGGCGGUGUUCGUUGGAUCUUUUCCCGGGUUUGACUUGACGCGCAAGUUCGCUUGAGCCCGGAGAAACAGAAGAAAGACUGGACUGUUCUCCAACCUCGUUCCUCUUGGCCACCAACACCUUCUGAUUCUUCUUCACUACCACUCCUGGUGUGGAGAACUAAAGCCUUGGGUUGAAGCUGCUCCGCUCCAUACCACAUCCUAGAGCAGCGAACACCGCGAGGAGGAGAAGGACUUGUUGCGCGCGUCUCCGUCGUUUGAGGAGCGCUCCACGCUCCGGCUCCUGCUCUAUCUUUGACAACACACACACGCAAACACGCGUCCGCAUGUUUUGGUGUCAGGAACUGACUCACACUCGGUGACUUAACACAUCCAUUCGCAUAAAAAACACAUUUCCCCGAUUAGUUCGCUUCGCCGACUUCGCUUCGCUUACCGACACUUAAAAACACGUUGCUUGUUUUUCUUUUUAAAUGGCACAUACGCAGAAAAAGUCAAAUUCUACUCUUGUGAGAAUCUAAGAAAUUAUUAGAGUAGAUUACAACAGAUUUUUUUUUUCUUCCUUUACGACAUCAUGUCUGAAGGAUAUGGAGACACCGACGGUCCGGCGGACUGCAUUCCGCCCAGAGUGUCCCGGGGCCGGCGCAGCGGAGUCAUCCUUCCCGGUGUUGGUGGCGGUGGACCUGAUUCAGACACCAUCCUGUUGGAGGCAGUGAAGGCAGCACCGAGACGCAGCAGCAUCAUAAAGGAUCCCAUGGUGCAGAAGAUGGGCGGAGGCAGAAAGAAGACGGUGUCUUUCAGCAGCAUGCCCUCAGAGAAGAAGGUAAGCAGUGCGUCAGACUGCCUGGCCUUCAUGCAGGGAGGAUGUGAGCUGAAGAAGAUCCGACCAAACUCCAGGGUCUACUGUCGCUUCUACACCCUGGACCCCGACCUCAGCUGCCUUCGCUGGGAGCCCUCCAAGAAAGACGGGGAACGAGCUCGUCUGGACGUGUCCAGUAUCAGAGAAGUCAGGACCGGCAAAAGCACUGAGACGUUCCUUCAUAACGGACCUCUGUCGGAACAUCUGGCUGAAGAGGCGGCAUUUUCUGUCAUACAUGGAGACGAGUACCAGUCUCUGGACCUGGUGGCGUUGUCUGCUGAUGUGGCCAACAUCUGGGUUACGGGCCUCAGGUAUCUGCUGGCCCACCCUUCUGCCAUUGGUGGAGGUGGGAGCAGUGGAUUUGGAGGUGGAGUUCUAUGUGAAGGAGGGGGCGUGGCUGUCGAGGGGAGUCUUGGCAGUAAAAUAAGGUGCGAGUGGCUGACGACAGAGUUCGCCCUGGUGGACGAAGACGGACAUGGCAUCGUGACGGAAGACGUUGCCGUUUCAACGAUCUGUAAACUGUGUCCUGGUACCAGAGAGGCAAAGGUACGUCUGCGCUUCAAGGAGAUCCAGCGCAGCAAGGAGAAACUGACCUCCCAUGUGACUCUGGAGGAGUUCCAGGAGGCGUAUUGCGAGCUCUGUACCCGCCCUGACGUCUACUUCCUCCUGGUGCAGCUGUCCAAGGACCGGGAGUGCCUGGACCCUCAGGACCUCCGACUCUUCUUGGAAACAGAGCAGGGUCUGUCUCUGGCAACCACCGAGGGAUGCUGGGAGCUGCUGCGGCGCUACGAGCCCUCCGAGCAGGGUAAGGAGCGCGGGCUGCUCGGUCUGGACGGGUUCGCCCGCUACCUGCAGUCGCCCGAGUGCCAGCUGCUCGACCCGGAUCACCAUGGAGUUUGUCAGGACAUGAACCUACCUCUUUCUCACUACUACAUCAGCACAUCGUAUCGCUCCUACCUACUGGAUGACCAAGUACAUGGCAGAGCAGACCUCGGUGGCCUGAUCAAAUCCUUACAGUCCGGCUGCCGCUGCCUGGAGCUUGGAGUUACUGAUGGCCCAGAGGGAGAACCUCUUCUGGGUGUGGACUACGGUUCAGACGUACCCAAGCAUCAUCACCACCACCAUCACCACUGCGCACCUGUGACCAUUCGGUCGGCACUGGAGGUGGUUAACAAGUACGCCUUUCUAACCUCACCGUACCCCCUGCUGAUCUACCUGUGCCACCGCUGCUCCCCGGCCCAGCAGCAGACCAUGGCAAACCAUCUGAAGAAGGUUUUCGGCUCGCGACUCUACAUACCAGAGGAUGUGCCCGUGAACCUGGGGGGCCGUGGAACGGCUCUACCCUCCCCGGAGCAGCUGAAGGGACGUGUCGUUAUUGUUGGCAAAAAGCUCCCCGCCGAUCAUCAAGGUUCUGAUGGGGAGGUUUCCGAAGAGGAUGAGGAGAUUGGAGGAGGAGGACCUUUGGCAGGACGACGAAUGACUAUACCGGGUGAGGAGGAUUUGGGUGUGGUCCUAGUGGUGCCUCCGCCUUCUCAACCCAGGAAGCUCCGUCUCCACCGAGAUCUGUCAGACUUGGUGGCGAUAGCUCGCACCGGUAGCCGCAGCUUCUAUGCCCACAGGACACGGGACAAACAGCAGCAGUCUCCCCCCGGCAGUCCCUCCACUCCCGGCACACCCGUGCCUCCAGAGCCACCGUACUUUACGCUGUGCUCUCUGGGCGAGGGAGAGGCCGGGCGCCUGACAAGCGAGAGCCCAGAGGACUUGGUGAUGUUCACCAAACGCACAUUGACCCGGGUGCGGCCCAGCUCGGUACGCCUGGACUCCAGCAACCCUAAUCCACAAGGGUACUGGAAAGGAGGGGUCCAGCUUGUGGCCCUAAACCAGCAGACCCCUGGCGCAAUGUUGGACCUCCACCGAGGUCGCUUCCUGCAGAACGGAGGCAGCGGUUACGUACUUCGACCGGCUGUGAUGAGGGAUGAGGUGUCGUAUUUCAGCGCCCACACACAGGGGUGUGUCCCAGGAGUUCCUCCGCAGACGCUACGUAUAAAGGUUAUUAGUGCCCACAACCUGCCCAAGCCUCAGGGAUCGGGGGCUAAAGGAGAGUUCAUUGACCCCUAUGUAGUUUUGGAAUUGCACGGCGUCCCAGCGGACUGCGCUGAACAGCGGACACGCACUGCAGCUCAGAACCAGGAUGACCCGCUCUUCGAUGAGACCUUUGAGUUCCAAGUCAACAUGCCGGAGCUGGCCCUGCUGCGAUUCGUUGUGCUUGAUGAUGACUACAUCGGAGACGAUUUUAUUGGUCAGUUCAGCGUCGCCUUCGAGUGCCUUCAGCCUGGCUACCGUAACGUGCCGCUGUUGGGCCUAUCAGGUGACCCCCUGCCCCACGCCAGCCUGUUUGUCCAUGUAGUGAUCACCAACCGUCGAGGAGGUGGGAAGGCCCACAGACGGGGCCUCUCUGUGAGGAGGGUGGGACGACGGGGCAGGGGCUACGUCACACUGAGGAAUACGGGCAUCAAGGUGGUGGACGAGACCUUCAAAGUGGCCGGUGGUCCACUGAAGGAGGCCGCAGACCUGCGGGAGGACGCACAGAGCACCACCGCCAGCUUCAAAGAACAGUGUGGGCUCCCCACAGUGGCCAAGCUGAAGCAGUGCAUCCAGAGUCUGGCCACCAGACUGCAGAGCCCGGAGGGCUCCAUCGGCGCCGCGAUGGUGUUGAAAGACGGCUACCCCUGUCUGGAGCCCCUGGUCAACCUGUCGGAGCCCACUCGCAAAGUGCUAGCUGCCUACGACACGAUGAUCGCCUCGCAGAAACAGCUGAUUGAGAAUGCAGAUUACGUUCAGGAGCGCAUCGACCAGGUUCAGAGGGAAGGCAUGGACUUCCAUGAGGAGCUUUCUCGGCUCGGGGAGAAGGAAGGACUGAAGGGACGUAAGCUAGGUAAAUCUGUGGAGAGCUUUACCUGGAACAUCACUGUCCUGAAGGGUCAGAGCGACCUGUUACGCGGCGCUAAGAUGGAAUCCUUGGACGCUCUGAGGCAGCUGGCUCUGGCCUGUGAAGCCUGUGGACUCACCUCCUCCUCCUCCAACAUCAACUCCUCGUCCUCCGCCGAGAUCCACUACUCCUCACAUCCUCAGUCUGGUCGCCGCAGCAGCACGCACAGCAACGGACGCAUAUGAGGCGCCGGCCUUCGUUUCCUCCCACACUGGGUCCAGACAUGCUGCCAAAGACAGAAAAGGGAGGAAAUCAAAGAGAGGGAGGAGGGGGGG